AAGAUUAUAAAUAAAAAAAAAGGUACUUCCCUUUUCAUUAUUCUCAUCAGAAAAACAUAGAUCACAACGAACAGGUAAAGUCAUGACGUUUUCUUGUGAUCUCUUAUCUUUUUUGCUAAAUUUUUUUCUGUUGUGCGACUUGCCACUCUUUUGGGAAAGGUGUUAAGAUAAAGUCCAACAAAUAUAUAUUUGCUAUACAACUACUAUAUGUCAUAGUUGUCGAUCUAGGGUUUACCAGUUUUUUUUAUUUAUAUUCUGAAAAUGUAUUUCAAAAACGGUAGAUUUCAUCGUGUUUAUAUUCAGAUCAGAUCUUGUGUUUAACAGAAUUUAUAUUCAGAAGGCUAUCUCAUUAUAUCCAACUGAACUCAACAAUAUUCUAGUGGGUGUGCGCUAGCUGGAUGAUAAUAGAUAAGACAAAAAUUGUUGAAACUAAAUUGAACAAACCAUGCAUAUAUAGUUCCUUUUAGCCGUUAAAAGGAAAGAAAAAAAGGAACUAGUUUAGGGGAGAGAACAGAAUAAGAAAAAUAAUUAGCUGGCUAAUUAGCACUAUAUAGAAUACCAUAAACAAAUUCAUUUAAUUAGACAUUGUACAUGUAUCAUCGAACGAUCUCUAACACACAUGCAGAUAUGAUAAAAAGACUUUUUGUGAUUUCCUCUUGAUAGAAGGCCUAUAGCCAAGUUAUUUUCUCCUCUUUUUCUUAAUCUUAGGUGUGCUAAGGUUCUUUGAUGGUUAUUCAAGACAUAAAAGUUUCAAGAAAAUCCCAAAUUGGAAAAAAUGAAAUUAGGCUAGAAAUAGUUAAGGAAAAGUUGUGGGUAUAUUCUAGCUUAUAGUAACCAGUAGAAUAGUUAAAUACCCCAUAUGGCUUAAAGAUGCAUAUAAAGAAAAUUGAAAGAAGGGAUUUACUUGAUCAUGUUAACUUGAUGCAGCUAGCUAGCUAGAGGGAAAUAUAUAUCUAUAUACAUGGCUUCAUCCAGCUGCUACAACUCCCCUUGUGCUGCCUGCAAAUUCCUAAGGAGAAAAUGUCUGCCUGGUUGCAUCUUUGCACCUUAUUUCCCACCUGAGGAGCCACAGAAAUUUGCCAAUGUCCACAAAAUCUUCGGGGCUAGCAAUGUGACCAAGCUUCUGAACGAGCUCCUCCCUCACCAGAGGGAGGACGCCGUCAACACUUUGGCCUACGAAGCCGAGGCAAGAGUCAGGGAUCCCGUUUAUGGGUGUGUUGGCGCAAUCACUUUCCUCCAACGCCAAGUCGAGCGCCUCCAGAAGGAGCUCGACGCUGCUAACGCAGAUUUAAUUCGCUAUGCUUCUUGCAACGAUGUUUCAGCUCCAUUGGUUGCACCCCAAAGGGGGUAUGAAUUGGGAGGUUUUCAUCAAACACAUAAUUUUCCUUUCCCUUAUCCUCCAUCAUGGAAUGAUCAAAGCCCUUCCGGAGGCCAUGGAAGAGGAGGAAAUAUUUGAGCCUAAUUUAUAGAGGGUUCAGGUUUCUUGGAUCAUUUCCUUUAAUUUCUACUACCUGCUAUGGUUGCUAGCUAGCGCUCCUCAUAUUCAGUUUCCUAGCUAGACUGAAUAACUAUGGCGUAAAUUUGGGGAGUUUAGACUUUUAGUAGAUGUGCUGCUUAAAAAAAAAAAACUCUUUCUCUAAGUAUUUUAUGUGUCAUAUUCAGAGACGACCUAAAAUGUGGCAUGGCAAGCUAAGUCUAUGGUUGCUACAUUUUCUGUUCUAUUAUUGAGAGUCUAGAAAGAUGUCCAUGUGAACUGUCCUAUUUAUGGGAUUUGUUUAUGGUUUACUAAAAGUAAUAAAUUAU